ACAGUUGAGAAAGUCAGUUGACCAUCUGUAGACGACAUUGCACGUUUUUGUUAUCGUUUCCUGCCUUCUGUCUAGUUCUCUAGUUCGAACAACUUUUAACAUGCCUCGGGUUUUGUUUUGAUAUGGAAGUCUUACUGUUCGUGGGUUGAUUUUUCUUCAUUCGGCGCACAGACAAGAUGGCGGCGUCUCUCGUUUUUCUGGUCAUCUCAACGCUGGUUUAUCUCGGUUCGUGUGCCACCAUUGACGACUGUCCCGCCGGUGUCCCCAGGGACAGGUACCUGCAGGUGCGCGGGGACACCUGCUACCAGUUCGUCGUGUACCGCCACAACACCCACACCGCCGCCCGGGCCUACUGCGAGCAACAUGGCGGCUCUCUGGUGCUGGUCAAGUCAGUGGACGUCCAGGAGUAUCUGUACGACCAGCUGGUCAACAACUUCAAGGUGUCUGGCAAGAUUUGGAUCGGCCUCAACGACCUCGACACGGAAAACCUUUAUCAAUGGGAGGACGGGACGACCCCCGUCUACACGGACUGGGCGGGAGGGGAGGGGCCAGCGAGCACGUCCUACACCCACACCGCCAACCACAACACCCGGGACUGCGUGGUCAUUGACCUCGUAGCGGGAGGGAAGUGGAAGGAGACCAACUGUGAAAGCGGCUCCUUCCUGAUUCUCUUCAGUACCAGUGAGUCACACUCCUACGUCUGCCAGUAUAUGGCAGACGUAGAGGAGCAGACUCCACCUCCUUUCAACAUCACCGUGUCAUCCACCUCGGAGCUGACUCACCCAUGUCCGCCUUUCUCUUGCGACUUAGGCUGCAGCACCUUCGUGAUAGACAAUGCCACCAGAUGUCCACUCUGCGAAUGCUCCACUUGAACAUCUGUAGGUGUCACGUGUUAAGCUCUGCCAUUUUGUUUGUGGUACAACAUGCAGCCCAAAUCUGGAUAAAUCCUUACAAGAAAUGUAAUUUGAAAACCAUAAAAGCAUCAAGCGCAUGAGCUCCUUAUAAAAUAAACGUUUAAAGUGCACA